AUGGAACUCACUGUACAUGUCUUUGUGCCAGAUGGCGAUGCUCCUCUCCAGGACUCUGACACUCCCUUGUGCAUAAAGUAUCAAGAAAUGCCCCUUACAUUUAGAGAAAACCGAUCUACAUUUGUGCUGUUGGAAUAUAAUGUAUCAAGUCCUUUCAAAGUCCCUGCUGGGGCUAUUCUAGGGUUGCAGCACAACAGGGGACCAUUAAUAUAUCAGAAAGGUCACAAUGACAUUCAAACAAUCUGUAUUCCUGAUGGCUAUGGCAGUGAAGAAAACUUUCCGCUAAUUGCUGUUGACAUUGAUUGUGAUGAUAACAGUACCACUGGAUUUCUCAGUAUGACUGACUUGAAACAGAUAGUUCGAGAAGAGCGCACAGUGUCCUACAGCUUCAAUCAAAUUAGUGUGAUUCCAGCUCUAAACUUUUCCACGCCAGGGACAAUAUCCUCAUGGACUAUUGCUGCUAGAUGUGUGCAAGGGCUGAAAGGUGCUGGUGGACCAUACAUUCAGAUAUGGAGACCAACUGCUAGAGAUACCAAUCUUGAAUACAGGCUGGUGGAGUCCAUUGAGGUGUAUGUGGAAGAAGAAAAUUGUGAUGAACUUGUCAUCACACGUGAACUAGACUCAGCAAUAAAAGUGGAGGCUGGAGAUGUGAUUGGUGUGAAACAACCAGAGAAUAGUCAAGUCUUCCUGAUGUUUGAGACAGGAGGUCCUACCAACUAUAUUAAUACAGAUCUUGAUCUUGAGGUUGUUACCAGUGAGGUUAGGUCAGUAAUGAGACUGCCAUUGAUAACACCUGACUUCCACUCAUCACGUGCACAGACUCCACCACCAGUUACACUGAUUCCCAGUUCAUCUUUAAGUCCAUCAGAUUCAAAUGAAGAGGUGCGUGUUGCCGUGAUCAUUGGAGCAAUAUUAGGACCUUCAGUGAUUGGUCUGAUUUUAAUGGUGGGUGUGACUGUGGCUUGUCUAGUCUGGAAGAAGAGGAAGGGAACAAUGAAGUGUCAGAGUCACAACUCACCAGCUGAACAACCUAUGCACAACAUUGGAAGCAACCCUAUCUACAAU